AUGAAGAACGAAGAUGAGCUGUCCUCCAACAGUAGCGGCAUCGUACUCAAGCUCGGGGCUACCACUGCGCGUCCGAAGGUCCGGGCCUUCAGGAUUGAGAGUUCUCGAGGCAACAGCUACUUGGUGUAUCGCUCCCACAGGCUGUUCUCGUCCGCUGCUGAAGUGAAGCUCCCUCUCCCGAAGUUCCGUCUUCAUCAGCCACGAGCCGCUACCCCAUAUGAGAUCAAGUGUCUGGAUCGAAGCCUCGGAAGAUCACCGUGUUUGCCGUCUCAUCGCGAUGAUGGUGGGGAUAUGGCGGCAGCUUUCGGAGACCUCUUGUCCCCGGUCCCCUCGGCCUUCGCCCCCAGUCUCUUUUCAAGCGCGCCAGACAGCGCUCGAAGUUGGCGGUCGAAUGUGAGCUCUGUGGUCCCCUCUAGAUGCGAGGGGGAUACUGGGACAUCGGCGGCGCCUAUUAUAGAUGUCGGCCAUAAGCACGAUGGUGCCGAGCCACGGGCGAAGUCUGAAAGCACCGUGGUUGUGGACACUCCGGAGGUCGAAGCUGCCAUGGGGGAAGCCUCAGACCGUCAAGCUGUUCCCUCUUCCGAAAGAACUCCUGCAAGCACCGUCAUUGCAUGGCAUACCCAGGGCCCUACGGUCGAGCUCGCGGAGGUGACCACCGCAGCAGGCAGGGAUUCACUGGAUGAGCACCCCGUGAUGGAGAGGAAACGGACGUCGCCCUGCGCUGAAGAGGAUGACGCCAAAAGGAGGCGAUUGAACGAGAUCGGCGUUAUGCCGGAAGCCUCGCUUGAGGUGGAUCGGGAUGGGUGCGUUGCGACCUUGGGCUCCGUUGAUUUUCCUCACGGCUUGAACGACGGAGACGCCACCGAAGCUGCUAUGGUUGCUGGUAUGACGUCGGUCGUGGUUGAAUUACAACGCCUUGAACGUGUCCAGGCUGCCAUGGCCUCAAUGAAGUCGAUGCUUCCUAUCCGGGGCAACGCAUAG